UGAGAGAGAGCUAGCGCGCGCGUCUCUCCUUAAUUUUCUUUACAAACAAAACUAAGGAACGCACACUGGCCCCCGACUGUUUAAGCGGUCAUGAUGGGUGAUGAUGUUGACACACUGGGUGAUUUUCGGUUUGAGUCUGCUGCGCGGACGCAUACACACUGACCCGUUCGGCUACACAUGACUAUUACUGUAUUGUAUACACAACACCAAUCCCGAAUUGGACCGAUAACUGAAAAUAACACAGCUGGUCACAUCCGGAGUUCUGUUGUUGUACUGCCUAUCGAUCGAUGCGUUGAUUGCGGUGUUAUAAAUUAAGCAGCUGUUCCUGUCCAUUUGGGAUUUUUUUCUUCUAUUUCCAAUUUAUUCAGCUGACUUUUAAGAGGAAGACCGCGGCAGUAAUACGCCGGACGCGCAUACGGGCCCGGCUACGUAAUCUGUGACUUAUUGCAUCGACGUCGGCCUGGCGAUACGUGCUAAUAUCCAUUGCGACGCCGCUAAUGCUGACAGCCAACAAGAAUUGACACUGAUACCCUUCUAAUGUGAAAAUUGUUUUCCCCGUCAAGUUUCCGGCACGAAACAAGCGGAUUGCCGGGGCUAAAUUAUACCCGACAGCGACAUUAUACACCGCAUACUGCGCAGGAGAGCGCUGAUAAAGUUUUACUCCAUAAAUCUUUUUUUCCCACUAUAACACUGUAAUUCCCAGCAGCACAUCCGCAUAUGGAUGGAGAUGCAGGCGAUGUGUUACUGGACCCCACGGUUAUCGUUGCGGGCAACCAGACAGCGGUAGCAGCCGGCUAUUUAUCCCCGGCCAAUUGCACUAACAGCAGUAACACCUACUGCUUAUCAGAUGAUGAUUAUAUGGAAUUUGUCGAAGCAUACGUUUUCCCCACGAUCCUCGAAUGGUUCCUAAUUGCUCUGAGCUCGAUCAUUUUCUUAGUGGGCACCGCCGGUAAUAUCCUCGUCAUCAUAUCCGUCGUUCGGAAUCCAUCCAUGAGAAGCGUGACGAAUCACUUCAUCGUCAAUCUAUCUGUAGCGGACUUCUUGGUGCUGAUGAUAUGCCUGCCGCCGACUGUGUUGUGGGAUGUAACGGAAACGUGGUUUUUAGGGAGCCUUAUGUGUCAAGCAGUCUUAUUUUGCCAGAGAGUCUGUGUUUCGGUAUCCGUCCUGACCUUUUUCUGCAUCGCCGUGGAUCGAUGGUCGGCCAUUGUUAUUCCCCUGCGGUUUGCCAGCACAGCCUUUCGAGCCAAAAUUGCUGUGGUUAUGACAUGGGUUUUAUCCAUCGGUGUAUCGCUUCCGGAACUUGUCUACUUGGAUGUGAAGCCAUCAUUUCUCCCCAUACCCAGUAUCUACUUCACGCAGUGUGUUGCACACUGGAGUGACAGCCAGGAAACGGGUUAUCAGAUUUUCAUCCUGUUGGCUCUAUAUCUCCUGCCCAUAUCCAUUAUGACCGUUUUAUAUGGUCAAAUUGUUUAUGCUCUAUGGUGGCGCGCCCUGCCCAAGCCACCCGAGGGAUCGGCACUGCAGCUGUCGGCGGGUGCCGGUAGUAGCGGUAGCAUGAUCUUACUGAAUGGGAAAUAUUACAAUAACAUUGCCGGCUCUAAUCCAACCGGAACUGUACUCGGUGUACCGGCGGCACGCGGUGCGGUACAUGUUCAAACCGGAAGUACGUGUCUUAAUGGACGAUCAUUGUCAUCUACGGUAUCCAAUCCGGUCGCAAACUCCCAGUCCGCCCUUAUUGACAAUCAAAUUCGCAGUCGACGUAAAGUGGCAAUGAUGCUAAUUAUCUCUGUGGCCUUAUUCGCAUUCUGCUACCUUCCCGUCCAUACGCUGAAUAUCUUACGGUCAACCGUGGGAUUACCAAAUACACCGAUUUGGGUUACCGUUUCUUUGUUGGUCCAUUGGAUUUGCUACAUGCAAAACACCGCCAAUCCAAUCAUCUACUACGUCAUGAGUGAGAAAUUCCGCCGGGAAUUUAAUCGCAUCUUCCGGUGUUGUAUGGCACUGCGACCGGCACGCUAUAUGCGCCGCAACUCCAGCGAGGUGUUUCAGUGCGGCCGACCGCCACAGCCCACAUACUAUCAUACCUUGGGAUUGGCACGCCGUACGUCCUCGGUCAAUCAGAAAUGCUACUCUGAAAAUGGCAAAGAAAUCGUUCAACUGUGAUUGAAAAAGAGGCAAGGAAGGCCUGCCCGCAAAGUUAUUCAGAUUUCCCUGCUGUAUUUUUCUUGUAACCUUUAGUACAUAGUACACACUAGUAGCACAUCGGCUUUUUUAUAAAUACGAAAUUUAUUGUUGUUGCAAUUUUUGCAUAUGUCAAACAACCAAUCAUUAUACGGCUUCAAACAGACGGUAUUCAGUGUUUGACACUGCUUGCUGAGGCCAUGGAUUUUUAGACUACAUGUGAUUUUUUGAUACUUGAUAGUGAGAUUUUUAAAAAUUACUAAUGUGAAUCGUAAACCGAGAACAUUUUUGUUGAUUUCAGAGAUGUCGCGAGUGUUUUAACUGUAUACCUAAUAAAAAGUUUAACCACAUUCCUUGAUAUCU